UUCAACUGCAUUUGAGAAACAAAACACACAAAAGGGUUGAUAUAUCAAGCAUGGCACCCAAUGGAGAAAUCCUUGCCAAUCAAUGUACAAGAAACAACUACAACAACAACAACAACAACAACAACAACAACACUUCGAAACCUCGGAGACUCUCAAUGGAAGGACUCCAAAGAGCAAUGUCAGACUUAUCGUUCGAGCUAAGCAAAGAGGUGAUCGACGUAAAGCUCCCGCCGAUAUCAGAGGUGGAGGAUGCAAAGUGUGAGUGCUGUGGCAUGUCGGAGGAGUGUACGCCGGAGUAUAUUCACCGUGUUCGGGAAAAGUUCAAAGGAAAGUGGAUAUGUGGGUUGUGCUCAGAGGCAGUGAAAGAGGAAAUGGAGAAGAAUGGAGGAAAACAAGAUGAAGCAUUGAAUGCACACAUGAAUGUAUGUGUUAAAUUCAAUAGGAUUGGAAGGACACAUCCUGUGCUUUAUCAAGCAGAAGCAAUGAAGGAAAUAUUGAAGAAGUGUUCAAGGUUGGAUGGUGCAAGGUCAAAGUCUAUAAGUCCUAGAGAUUAUAAGAAGGAUGGUAAGAAAGGUGGUAUUGCUAGGAGCUCAAGCUGCAUUCCUGCAAUAACAAAGGAAAUCAAUGAAAGAACAAUGGUUACUUAAUAAGCAAUCUUAAUUAGUGCAUGGUUAAGAUAUAGAUAUGUUGUUAUAUGUUAAUUUACAUAUAUGGUUGUAAUGUUUGUGUAUUUUUGUUUCGUCCUGCUUUUUUUUAUUCUGAUGAAUAGUUAGAUGACUGAUCAUCUGAGUUGAAGCAUUUAUGGUUCAUGAUCUCCCUUUUUAUGGUCAUCUUUUAAGAAGUGUUAUUUUUUGGGGUGAUCAUGAUCAUGUUAAUUUCUUUGUUUUUCUUGAUCAUCUUUCCAAAAACCUUGGUUUAUUUAUACAAGGUUUUGUUUUCUUUGUUGUUGUAAUAAGGAUCAGUAUCUUGAUUUUUAUGUAGUAA